AUGGGCAUGCGAGACUUUGUGCACAGGCGCAACCACAAGGAGCGUUCGCAGCCAGAAAACCGGAAGCGAUAUGGACUUUUGGAAAAACAUAAGGAUUAUGUUGAGCGCGCGCGAGACCAUCAUGUGAAGCGCGAUAAACUCAAGCGGUUGCGUCAAAAAGCCGCCGAGCGCAACACCGAUGAGUUCUACACGGGCAUGCUAGGCACCAAGACCCAGAAAGGCGUGCAUUUGGCAUCUCGUGGGAAUACAGCGCUGGAUAAUGAGACGGUAUCGCUACUAAAAACGCAGGAUGCGGGCUAUCUGCGCAAGCAGCUUGUCUCCGAGCGGAAGCGAUACGAGCUACUUGUCGAGGAAAUUGCACCGCGCAUUGCGGGAAUGCGCAUGGAAUGGCUGAAGCAGAAGCCACUCUACUUUGCUGCACUCAAGCGUGCCGAUUUGUUGGGCAACAUGGAGAAUGCGGCGCAACGGCGAGUCGAAGGACUCGGGAAAAAAACCCUGUGGGUGGACACGGUUGAUGAGAUGCAAAGGCACGCCAAGGUUGCCAAAAAAAGCGCGUCAUCCAAAGCCCGAGAGGCUGCUGUGCCAACGACUGCCGAGGAAAAGACUGGUGAGCGCCAGCUUGGGCUUAAACUGCGUGAGCUCGCGACGCGGCAACGGCGCUUGGAUGCGCUGAACGAGGCAUCAUCAAAGCUUGACACAGUGCGUGCCUUGAUGAAUACGCGUAGCUCGCACGCGGUCCGCACGAAACAAAUAAACACGCUCAAAGAUGCGGUCGCUAAAGACGGCACAAAGCGCACUGUGCGUGGCAUUGUUGUGCACGAGGAUGAAGAAGAUGGGGAGCCUAUGCGGUCCAAAAAGGUAUACAAAUGGUCCAACGAGCGGAAAAAAUAA